AUGCACUGGAAGUACAUAGCGCUAACUGUCUGCGCGUAUGGUGUCAUCAAGAAAUUUCGCCCAGCGACGCCAUUCCUCACACCCUAUCUCCUAUCGCCCUAUAAGAAUUUCACCGAUGUUCAGCUGUACAGUCAGAUCUAUCCACUCUGGUGCUACUCAUACCUCAUUGCUUUGAUACCAAUAUUUUUCCUAACGGAUAUCCUGCGAUACAGGCCGAUCGUUAUGCUCGAAGCUACGUCUUUCUGUGCAACGUCCGCCAUUCUAAUUUGGGGUACCACUCUGUGGCAGAUGCAGCUCAUGCAAAUUUGUUAUGGUUUGUUUUGCACUAAUCAAAGCCAAAAAGCAAGUGUCUUCGAAAAACCGGAAGCAGAUUUUCGAAUAUCGAUGAUUUUUUUCGAUAAUGUUUGCCCUUCUAUUGCAGGUGUAUCAACAGCAUCCGAAAUUGCAUAUUUCUCGUUAAUGUACGUUAUUGUCGAUCAGAAGCACUUCAAACGCAUCACGUCUUAUUUGCGUACAGCCACGCUCGUUGGUAAAUUUCUGGCAUAUGGACUGGCGCAGUUCUUAGUUUCAUUUCACAUUGGAUCAUACCUGCUUCUAAAUCAGGUAAGAUCUGCUGAACUCUAA